AUGGCUACUCUACGGAAGUCCAAGGCCAGCUUACUGGCUUUGAUUUUCUUGGUCGAUAUGGUUUCAUUCUCUGGUCUCGUUGGAGCUAGACCUAUUGCCAUGGACCAGUUAGACGUUCCGGCACAGGAGGGUUACCACGACAGACUGGGGCAGGACGGAGUCGCUGGCCUCGCCGAGAAGCUCGGCUGGCAGGAAGCCUCUGGCGUGGACAGCGGCACGCACAUCCAGUCCAGACAAUACUCUGAUUUUGGCGGCACUGCCACUGGCGACACGACUAUAGGGAAUGCCGCCACAGGUAAUUCCCGGCCCGGAAGCACGGCCGACAAUAGCUUUGCUGGAACGGUUGGUUCGGGUAUCACGGUCACACCAUCCGGAGCAGCUCCAGGUACCGGGGCGAGCGGGUCUGCCAUCGCGGGCAGCGGUCCCGGUAGUGGCUCUAAGGGUGGCGGUUCCCCGACCGACACUGCAGGCAGCUUUGUCACCCCCGCAUCUGGGGGUGUUCGCGGAGGCUCUAGCUCUGCUUCGGCAAGUCCAGGAACCAAGGUCAGCGGAUAUGGGGUCUCUGGUAAUGCUGGCGGCACCAGCGGCACAGGUACUAGGCCUAACGGCAGCGGUUUCUCCCCCAGCAGCUCCGGGAGCAGUGGCACUCCAAGCUCUGGUUUAGGUUCUGGAGAUACAGUAUCUGAAGGGAGUGGAACUGUUGCCGGCACUCCCGGUGCGUUUGGAACCGGGAACCCUGAAAUGCCAGCACCUUCCGUGGGCGGUAGCAGUUCUACCGACGGCACUGCGGGCAGCAGGCCUUCUGGCUUUGGAACAGGCGACGCAGGCUAUGGAAGUGAUAGUCCUUCGACCCUUCAAGACGCUGGUAGAGAAUCUACCCCCAACAAACCUGCAGGAUCCGGAACGGGUACAGAGGGUUCUGAAGCUGUAGACUCUGCAACCAGUCGGGGUUCAGCCAGCAUGGAAGCGCCAGACCCCGCCGGCAACAAGGCAUCUGAACGUGCAAAGAGAUCGACUACAACUGACCCCGUCAACGGGGGCGGAAAUACCAACAAUGGAGUCAACGGUGGAGCGACCAACACCGGCGGCGGCACAAAUGUCAAUGUCAUUACGAGCCCAGCCACCGGGGGUGAAAAAGACAAAGGGACCAUCAAUACGCUGCUUGACAAGCUGUCUUCGAUCAUAAAGACUUUGCGCUGA